AUGCUUAAGGAAGGGAACACUUGGUGGAGCAAUAUUGGGAACGUGGUGGAGGAUAUUCGCCGACUCAUAGUGGACUUGGCGGUUUCAAGGGUGCUCUUUCAACCCUGGUGCGGCAAUGGAGUGGCGCAUGCGUUGGCACAGUUUGGAUUAACAGAAGGGACUAUUUUUGUUUGGGAAGAUGUUGCUCCGCCUUGGCUGGAGUUGAGUCUAGCCAGAGAUAUGGAGUUGGGCUAG